ACUCACACACACACGCAUCAUGUUUAUAAUUAACGCCAUUAAAAAUAGCCAUUGACUCAACCGCAUGCAGCUAACCGGGCAAAGAAGCUGUUGUGUAACCGGCAACCCAGAAGGAAAACGCCAGAAGAAUGUCAUGAACUAAAACGGUCCCUAAGCAGGCAGAGAGGAGCUGGGCUCCCUGAAAAGUCUCUUUCAGAAUGUCCUGGUAUUCGCUACACACAGACGACUUAAGACGCCCCGGGCUGCAAAGAACGUCCAGUCGCUCCCUGAGCUGCCAGCAGAGCUAUCAAACUCCAGAACUGGGAGAGUUGCAACGCCUGUUAUGGACACCAGUUCCUUGCCGGGGAAAUGUCAACGAAGUCUGGCCUAACCUUUAUAUUGGAGAUUUGUAUAUCGCCCGGAACAUAGAACAGCUGCGUCGGAUGGGCAUCACACACAUCGUGAAUGCUGCCGCAGGAAGAUUCCACAUUGAUACAGGAGCCAAGUUCUACCGAGACCUGCCGGUUGAUUACUACGGGGUGGAAGCGGAUGAUGAUCCAAAAUUUGAUCUCAGCAUUUAUUUCUACCCGACUGCCAAAUACAUCAGGGCAGCGCUGAACUCACCCAGAGGGAAAGUAUUGGUGCACUGUGCCAUGGGGAUAAGCCGCUCAGCAACCCUGGUGCUGGCUUUCUUGAUGAUCUACGAAAACAAGAACCUCGUGGAGGCUUUAAAGUUGGUGCGAGAACAUAGAGGGGUCUGCCCAAACACGGGGUUCCUCAGCCAACUCCGGGAGCUCGACCUCCGGUUAAUGAGCGAAAAGGGGAAAGCAAAGGGGGUCCCUUGAAACUUUAGAUAUAAAAUACUCGGAUGGUGGCAAGUCUAAGAAGAACAGUUGCAUCCCCCCCAGAAAUACCUAAAUACCUAAACAUCAUUGCUGUGACGUUUACAGGCAAUGUCAUGAAAACUCUCUUGUUGGCGAUCUCGUUCAAGAUUAAAGGUGUGCUGGAAAUGUG